AGCCGGCCCCUUCCCUCGUCCUGCAGCGCCGGGAGCCUUCGGACCCUCCGUCUUCCCGGCAGGCACCUGUCCCGCCUGGAGGCAGCUCUCAUGGACUAACCAGCCCCCUUCGCCUCAAGUACAUUCUGUGGACAUAAGCAUUUUUUAACUUUUUAAAGAACUUCCCCCCCGCCCCCCAUGGAAUUUUUACUAGCUGCCCCUUAGUUAUUCCCUGAUUCUCCCAUCUCAGACAGCGUUUUGUUUUUUCCUGGUACUGUAGUAUGGGGAUCAAAUCAAAACCGAGAUUUUAAGUACUGCAAGAGCCCUCACGUCCAUUCACCUGUUAAAAGUGAGCAGUACUGUUCCUGUCUUUCUUCUUUUCCCUCUCGUCGCCUGUCGGAUGUGAUGGAACUCAUGUUCGCAGAGUGGGAGGACGGGGAGAGGUUUUCAUUUGAAGACUCAGAUCGCUUUGAAGAAGACUCUCUUUGUUCCUUCAUCUCUGAGGCAGAGAGCCUUUGCCAGAACUGGAGAGGAUGGAGGAAACAAUCGGCUGGACCCAAUUCCCCCACUGUCAAAAUGAAAGGUGAGAUCACCCGGUUUCAUUGGGAUGCUCUUUGGAUUCGUGGAAGCUGUGGGGCAAGGGUGGGUGAUGGGCUGGUGAUCCCAUUGGUGGAACUCUCUGCAAAACAGGUUGCAUUUCACAUUCCAUUUGAGGUAGUGGAGAAAGUUUAUCCUCCAGUGCCUGAACAACUGCAACUUCGAAUCGCCUUCUGGAGUUUUCCAGAAAAUGAGGAGGAUAUCAGGUUGUACUCAUGCUUGGCGAACGGCAGCGCAGACGAGUUCCAGCGAGGGGAGCAGCUCUUCCGGGUGAGGGCUGUCAAAGACCCUCUCCAGAUAGGUUUCCAUCUGAGCGCCACUGUGGUGCCCCCGCAGAUGGUGCCCCCCAAGGGCGCGUACAACGUGGCGGUGAUGUUUGACCGGUGCCGGAUCACGUCGUGCAGCUGCACCUGCGGCGCCGGGGCCAAGUGGUGCGCGCACGUCGUGGCGCUCUGCCUCUUCCGCAUCCACAAUGCAUCUGCAGUGUGCUUACGAGCACCUGUUUCUGAGUCUUUGUCCCGGCUACAAAGAGACCAGUUGCAAAAAUUUGCUCAGUACCUAAUCAGUGAACUUCCACAACAGAUUCUUCCAACAGCUCAGCGCUUGCUGGAUGAGUUGUUAUCUUCCCAGUCUACUGCCAUCAACACAGUGUGUGGAGCCCCAGAUCCCACUGCUGGACCUUCUGCAUCAGAUCAAAGCACCUGGUACUUAGAUGAAUCUACUCUGAGUGACAACAUAAAAAAAACCCUUCAUAAAUUCUGUGGACCCUCUCCUGUUGUUUUCAGUGAUGUGAAUUCAAUGUAUCUGUCUUCCACUGAGCCACCAGCUGCUGCUGAGUGGGCUUGUCUGCUGCGUCCCCUGCGAGGAAGAGAACCCGAGGGAAUCUGGAACUUGCUUUCCAUCGUACGGGAGAUGUUCAAGAGACGGGAUAGCAAUGCAGCUCCAUUGCUGGAGAUUCUGACUGACCAGUGUCUCAACUAUGAGCAGAUAACCGGCUGGUGGUACAGUGUGCGAACAUCCGCGUCACACAGCAGUGCUAGUGGGCACACAGGGCGCAGCAAUGGCCAGUCAGAGGUAGCUGCUCAUGCUUGUGCAAGCAUGUGUGAUGAAAUGGUGGUUCUUUGGAGGCUGGCUGUCCUUGACCCGACUAUUAGUCCACAGAGGCGCAGGGAUCUUUGCUCACAGCUCAGGCAGUGGCAGCUGAAAGUCAUAGAUAAUGUUAAGAGGGGUCAGCACAAAAAAUCACUGGAGAAGCUCUUCCAAGGUUUCAAGCCAGCUGUAGAAGCCUGUUACUUCAACUGGGAGGAAGCUUAUCCCAUUCCUGGGAUUACAUACAGCAGCACUGACAAGAAGAACUCGUUCUGUUGGGUGAAGGCCAUCCAGCAGAGGAGCUGCCGGUUGCAGUGUGCAGAAAGUGCCUGUGAGGCUGGCAGGAGCCAUGGCCAGGAGCCUGGGGGACCGUGUCUGCAGCCUGGGGACAGGCUGCGGCCCUCCCCACAGGAGCCAGCAGUUCGUCCUAAAGAACUUACUGGGAAGCGGAAAGUUGUCUCUGAAACACCACAGAGGGUUCUGAGACGGCUCUCAGCAGAAGGGGAUAAAGCUGUCUAUAAGACUGCAGUGAGCAAAGCAAAGUUGCCAGUGAGCAAAGGCUUGACCAGUAAACAUAGUGGGAAACGCCGUAUGAGCAGUGAGGACAGCUCUCUGGAGCCAGACUUGGCAGAGAUGAGCCUGGAUGACAGCAGCUUGGCACUGGGGGCAGAAGCCAGCAACACCUUUAGUUUUGCAGAAAGUCCACUGAGCAGGAGCUACAGGGAUGCCUUUGAGGAGGAUGGUGGAGUGUACUUCUCUGAGGGACCUGAGCCCACUGUCAGGAGCAGUUCCAUGGCCAAGAAAUCCCCCAAGGAUCCUGUGGGGGAGAUGGGUAGUGGUGAUGAUGACCUGCCUUCCGCAGAUGAGAACUCUGGUGGCGUGAGUCUGAAGCCAGAAGAAGUAGGAGAGAAUGGUGCAGUGGGGGGAGGGGAUGAUGGAGAAGAGGAAGAUGAUUAUCAGGUAUACUAUCUGAAUCCACAAGAGGUAGCCAAGGAAGAUGAUGACAAAUGUGAAGGGGGAAUUGAAGAGGAGCAGGAUAUAUUUGCUGGUAUAAAGCCUCUGGAGCAGGAGAACCGGAUGGAGAUCCUGUUUGCCUGUGCAGAGGCACUGUAUGCACAUGGAUACAGUAAUGAGGCUUGCCGCUUGACUGUAGAGCUUGCCAGGGACCUACUGGCCAACCCUCCAGAUCUCAAAGUGGAGCAGCCACCAACUAAGGGCAAAAAGAACAAGGUGUCAACCAGCAAGCAGACGUGGAUGGCAACCAACACCUUGUCUAAAGCUGCUUUCUUGAUGACUGUCUUGAGUGAGCGGCUGGAGUACCACAACCUGGCCUUCCGAAUAGGAAUGUUUGCUCUGGAGCUGCAGAGACCACCUGCCUCUACCAAGGCUCUGGAGGUGAAAUUGGCUUAUCAGGAAUCUGAGAUUGCAGCCCUCUUGAAGAAGAUUCCCUUGGGCACCAAUGAGAUGAACACUAUUCGAGGAAGAGCUGAAGAGCUGCGAGAAGGGACAUUGUGUGAUUACCGUCCUGUCCUGCCUCUGAUGUUGGCAAGCUUUAUAUUUGACAUGCUGUGCACUCCAGUGGUUUCUCCUACAGGCUCUAGACCCCCAAGCCGUAAUUGGAAUUAUGAAAUGCCUGGAGAUGAAGAGCUUGGUUUUGAGGCAGCUGUUGCUGCUCUUGGUAUGAAAACAACUGUCAGUGAAGCAGAACAUCCUCUAUUGUGUGAAGGCACACGAAGGGAAAAAGGGGAUUUGGCUCUAGUCCUGAUGAUUACUUACAAGGAUGAUCAGUCUAAGCUGAAGAAGAUUUUAGACAAACUCCUGGACAGAGAGAGUCAAACUCACAAGCCACAGACGCUGAGUUCCUUCUACUCAUCCAGCAAGCCUACAGUUGCAAAUCAGAAAUCUCCUUCCAAACAUGCUGCUCAGUCUGCUGCAGCUAUCCAGCAGCUUCCAGGGACUUCUGUCACUCAGCAGGCUGCUGUAAGCACUGCAGUCCAGAGCAGUCCCGAGAACUUUGUGGAGAAGAGUACACAGGAGAGCUCUCAAAGGUCCCCCUGUGAGCCAGCUGCAGAGGCCACUGUUCUGAAACAAGAGGGAAAGGUCCCCAGUCGUCUGGCCCUUGGAAACCGAGGUGGAUACAAUGGGAGGUGCUGGGGUUCACCUGUCAGGCAGAAGAAGAAACACACAGGUAUGGCUAGUAUUGACAGCAGUGCUCCUGAGACCACCUCUGACAGUUCUCCAACUCUCAGUCGGCGUCCCCUACGUGGGGGCUGGGCAACAACAUCCUGGGGUAGAGGACAGGACAGUGACAGCAUCAGCAGUUCUUCAAGUGAUUCACUGGGAUCUUCCUCUUCCAGUGGCAGUAGGAGAGCCAGUGGGGGAGCUCGUGCAAAGACUGUGGAAGUUGGCAGGUAUAAAGGGAGGCGGCUGGAGAGCCAUGCUCCUCAUGUCCCAAACCAGCCCUCAGAGGCAGCUGCUCAUUUCUACUUUGAGUUGGCCAAGACAGUCCUUAUCAAAGCAGGUGGAAACAGCAGUACCUCUAUCUUCACCCACCCUUCCUCCAGUGGUGGGCACCAGGGACCACACCGCAACCUUCACCUCUGCGCCUUUGAGAUUGGGCUGUAUGCACUUGGGCUGCACAACUUCGUGUCUCCCAACUGGCUCUCUCGAACUUACUCCUCCCAUGUCUCUUGGAUCACAGGGCAGGCCAUGGAGAUUGGUAGCGCAGCCUUGAACAUCUUGGUGGAGUGUUGGGAUGGACAUCUGACUCCCCCAGAGGUGGCAUCAUUGGCAGACAGAGCUUCACGGGCCAGAGACUCCAACAUGGUGCGGGCAGCUGCAGAACUGGCACUCAGCUGCUUGCCUCAUGCCCAUGCCCUGAACCCAAAUGAGAUCCAGAGGGCUCUGGUGCAGUGUAAGGAACAGGACAACCUGAUGCUGGAAAAGGCCUGCAUGGCAGUAGAAGAGGCAGCCAAAGGAGGUGGUGUGUACCCAGAAGUCCUCUUUGAAGUAGCUCAUCAGUGGUACUGGCUUUACGAGCAGACUGUUGGUGGGACCCCAGCCCAGAGAGAAGGUGCCACUGGCUGCAGUGCCGGCGGCACACGGGCCGCGUCUGAAGCAGCGCGUGGCUUGGCAGACAGCCGGGUGACCUCAGAGCCCACCACGGUGACAGUGGCAGCUGCAGUAACUGCGGCAGCAACUGUCAUGCCAGUGAUCUCCGUGGGGUCAACCAUGUAUCAGCAGCACACGGUGGCAGGGCCAGCAAUGGCACAUACACACACGCAGGGUCUCCACCCUUACACCACCCUUCAAACUCACAUCCCCUGUAAUCCCCAGUAUAUUGGACACACUAUCCAGCACAUGCCACGCCCAGCUGUCUUCCCGGUCCCUGGCUCGGCGUAUCCGCAGGGUGUCCAUCCUGCAUUCAUAGGGGCGCAGUACCCUUACUCAGUAACAGCACCGUCCCUGGCAGCUACAGCAGUGUCCUUCCCUGGCGUGCCCGUCCCUUCCAUGACGCAGAUUGCUGUGCAUCCCUACCAUAGCGAGACGGGACUUUCGCUGUCUUCCAAUGUAGCGCUAGGCAGUGUCCAUGCAGGAUCAACGUUCCCAGCGAUUCAGGGUGCUUCCUUGACAGCUCUGUCCUCACAGCCCAGCUCCCUUGUUACAGGGGGUUUUCCUGCCGAGGAUGAGCAGCACAGUCAGCCUGUGAGCCCCCAGGGUCUGCACUACCUCCACUCUGCAUACCGAGUUGGGAUGCUGGCUCUGGAGAUGCUUGGCCGAAGAGCUCACAACGACCAUCCCAACAACUUCUCGCGCAGCCCACCCUACACUGAGGAUGUAAAAUGGCUCCUUGGGUUAGCUGCAAAGUUAGGUGUAAACUACGUGCAUCAGUUUUGCGUUGGUGCGGCCAAGGGGGUGCUGAGCCCUUUUGUGCUCCAGGAGAUCCUCAUGGAAGCUCUGCAGAGGCUCAACCCUGCCCAUGUGCACAACCACCUGCGCACCCCAGCCUUCCACCAGCUGGUGCAGAGGUGCCAGCAGGCCUAUAUGCAGUACAUCCAUCAUCGGCUGAUCCAUCUCACUCCAGCUGAUUACGAUGACUUUGUGAAUGCCAUCCGCAGCGCCAGAAGCGCCUUCUGCCUGACUCCCAUGGGCAUGAUGCAGUUUAAUGAUAUUCUCCAGAACCUAAAGCGCAGCAAGCAGACAAAGGAGCUGUGGCAAAGGGUCUCUCUGGAAAUGACCACCUUCUCACCGUGACGUCGGGUGGAGCUCCACGGACACACAACCCUUUGCCCAACAUAGUUGUAGUUCCAUUUACACCAUCCUUCCUUCUGGUGUCUUUUUUAUUUUAGUUUUAACUCGUUGGAAACCACUGAUCUGAUGUAUUUAUACCAUGACAUUCCUCUCCAGCACUGUUGCGUGUUGGCGCUCUGCUUUGCUCGCUCUUCCUCCUCCUUCUCAGUGGGCUGCAGGCUUCAGAAGCAUCAGGAAAUGAGAAGGAAGUUGAGCUGGCUGCCCUGUGGUGUAGUCACUGCUUUUUUCCCUGAGCCCUGGGAGGCUUCCUGCGAGCAGUUUGCAGUGUGAUUACGCACAUGUUAGAGGGGUUGGGGAUUCUGUCUUAAAUAUUUAUUUUGGCAUUUAUAAAUGUGUAAACUUUUUUUUUUUCUUUUUUUCCCCUGGUAUGGGGCUUCUCUUACUCCACACACCAUCUCCUGUUGGGGAGUGGCUGGAACUGCAGUGCACAGAGUGUGCUCCCUCCAUCCCUUUCAGCAGCUCCUGGUGAGAGAAGCUGAGACUGGAGUAGCAGGGCCAGGGCCACCUCUGCAGCUUUCCGCAGCAGCUGAGGACAUAGGCUGGAGUUUGGGCAGUGAGUCCUUUAUUGCACUGAGCUGCCUGGAGACUGCCAGAAGUGUUUGGGCUCUUUCUCAGGAGUGUCUCUCACUGGGCACUGCUGUCCCAUAGAAUGUUUUGAUCCUGGUUGUUUCAAGUUGUACAAUCCUGUUUCUUUUGGCUGGGGUAUUACUCUCCUGUAAUCAGUUUCUUAUCCCUCGUCUCUUCUUGUUUCCUGAUUAAACACUUGUUUUCUUAGACUGACUCUCUCUUCUCUCUGCUAUGAUGUUGGCAGUGUGAAGGAGCUGGCCAGCUGUGUGUCAGUGGGAGCUCCUGUGAGCCCUGGUAGGUGGCUGCUGUGCUCUGAGGAGCAGCAAUCCAGCACAAGCUGGCACUCAAAGGCCUGGUGCUGCUCUGAGAAUGACGUGCCUCUGCAGAGGCUGAGGUACGUGUUUGGUGGGUGUUGGUAGAGUUCAUGGUAAGCCUGGGAUGUUUUGCCUACAGUUCUGUCAGUCAGUGGAUGUAUUUCUAGCUUUGAUACUGUGAGAUAGUGCAGAGCCUUGUAUUUCCCAAGUAUUGUGCAGAGCAACAGCUGCUACUGUGUAUUUAGAGAGGUACUUGGUGGACUGUGAAAGAGAUAUAGUAGGGACAGCAUUGCAGAAAAUUGUUUAGUUACCUUAAGUGUAUAAGCACAUAAAUUUCAGGACUUUUAAAAGUGGAAGCUGGAUGAGUCAUGGAUGUUAAGACUUGAGUUUCUCAAUAGUAAUGUAUUUUGCUUACUUGGGUCUAGCCAAUAAGUUUUAGUUUAUGCAAGUUAGAAAUAUGUGCCUGUUUGAUAUUUUCAAUUAUACUCUUAUUAAAAAUAGCUCAUAGGCACAGAGCAAAAGAAAUUAAUAUAUUCUUUUGGUUUGGCUUUGUGUACUACACUGGCCAGAGUAUGACUGAGGUUCUUCUGAUUGUGCAACAGUAACUGAAGAUCUCCUUAUAGCUUCUUGUGUUCCCCCAUAAAGUGUCUAGUUACAUGCUAACUAGAAAUGCAGAUGGUCGUAAUAAUGGGUUAGUAAGUUCUGUCGUUUUUAAACUAAAGUCUGUGUUGAUAAUGAGCGGCCUGUUAUUGGGCAGAAUUGGAUUUUGCUGGAGAGCAGAGCUUGAUGAUGCGUGGGAGGUUUGGGUUCCUAGAACACUUUCUGUGCUCUGGUUCUUGCACGUUCAGAACUGUGAAAGGAGCUUAGAGAAAAAUGAGUUGUCUAGUAAAGUCUAAUCUUUUCCUUUCUAAUGCAUAUAGGAGAACAUCUGUGAAAGAGAAAGGAGCAUGUUUUAAAAGCAAAGAUGGAGAAGGGAAAUGGGUAAAAGAGCUGAAUGUUAAGUAGCAGAAGCAGAAGUGACUUGCAGCAUUAAGGAUUUGGAUUGAAUAGGGGAAUGAAAUGUCACAGCCUCAUCUGUGAUACUGAUUGGAAAAAUACACUUUUUUCAAAGACCCUGAACAGGCAAGUUUUCAGACCACUGUGUCUGUUAAUUUGUUGUUGUUCCUGACCCAUGUCCCAUGAAAUAUAUCUGAGCAAGGACAGAAGAAAGUGAGGCAGGAGAUUUUUUUUAUUUUUUUUUCCUUGCCAUGUGGCUGUGAGGUUAUUGAGGUAUUUGUCCUUUAUAAGAGAUGGGAUGAGCCCUGAUGGUCCCAGAAGCAUUAAUUUUCUGUUAGAACAAUUAUUACCCACUGCAGCCUUGUUAGUUUGGUCACUAUUCCAGGAGUGGGAAAAAUAUAUAGGCUUAGAAAUUCUGAAAAGACAUUUUAGCAGAAGACCUGUAAAAGAGGUUGCAGGCAACUCAAAUUUCCUUUGGCUUUCACUUAACCCAUGUGUUCUUUCACUUGGAGUAAAUGUUCUUCAGCAACACAUGAAGUGUCUCUGUCUCUGGACACGUUCGCCUAUUACCAUCUUUCUUGCCUGUUACAAUUUUCUUUUGGAGGCACUUUCCUGGAAUAUGAAUUAACAGAACAGUAUUUGCCUUUGGACUUCAGUGUCUUGACAGCCCAUGAACAAGGUGAGUUGGAACUGUCCUGUAAUGAAAUUAUGUGCCUGGCAACAGGUAUAGCUGGAAUUAGCUGAAAAGCUCCCCUCCGUCUAGUUUUGUUUACAGUCCUUACUAGUAUUUGGGAUUUGUAUUUUGGUUUUUGGAGAGCCCAUUCAGAACUAACCUUCUGGAGAGUUGCUGAAACUAAAGUUUAAAAUUUUUUUUUGCUUGAGUUUGGUUUUUGUCAAGCCUGGAACUCUGGUGUUUUGGAGCAGAAUAUAGCUUUUACUUUCCCAGCUUAUUUAGCACCAGUUUGGCUACUGCUACAUAGUGCUGCAGUGCUCUGAACAGCCUUGCAAACCUCAGUCAGUGGAAAAUGGGGUAAGCAUUGAAGCACCCAUGAGGUUCUUCACUACCUCUUGGUCAAAGUUGUCAGCUGUAACAAUAUGGCAUAAAUUUAAAAUAGUUUUAUGUAAGAGGCAGGAAAGUUGUAGUUUUCUUACGUAGACAUUAAGAGAUGGGCAGGAUAAAAAAAAAAAAUGUGUUUUUCAGGAUGUAACUGGGAAGCAAAUGUGCCAAAAGACAAAUGGAGAAAUGUGUUCUUACAGAUUGCUACCAUUAAUGGGACCUUUUUUAAUUUUUAUUUUCAACUGAGGUGCAAAAAAUAAAAGAGCAAAUUGGACCAUCA